CUCGGCGGGGAUCGCGGCGGAGGCGGCGGCGGCGGCGGCGGCGGAGGCGGCGGCCGACCGGGGCUCCAUGUUUUCCCCCGGCCAGGAGGAGCCCUGCGCCCCCAAUAAGGAGCCGGUGAAAUACGGGGAGCUGGUGGUACUGGGGUACAAUGGUGCUUUACCUAAUGGAGACCGAGGCCGGAGGAAAAGCAGAUUUGCUCUUUAUAAGCGGCCAAAGGCGAAUGGAGUCAAACCCAGCACGGUCCAUGUGAUCUCCACGCCGCAAGCGUCCAAGGCUAUCAGCUGCAAAGGUCAACACAGCAUAUCGUACACUCUAUCAAGGAAUCAGACUGUGGUGGUGGAGUACACUCAUGACAAAGAUACGGAUAUGUUUCAGGUGGGCAGGUCAACAGAAAGCCCUAUCGACUUCGUUGUUACAGACACAAUUUCUGGCAGUCAGAACAACGAUGAGGCCCAGAUUACACAAAGCACCAUAUCCAGGUUUGCCUGCAGGAUCGUCUGUGACAGGAAUGAACCGUACACUGCACGGAUAUUCGCAGCCGGAUUCGACUCUUCCAAAAACAUAUUUCUUGGAGAAAAGGCAGCAAAAUGGAAAAACCCUGAUGGCCACAUGGAUGGGCUCACUACAAAUGGCGUCCUCGUGAUGCAUCCCCGAGGGGGCUUCACUGAGGAGUCCCAGCCUGGGAUCUGGCGUGAGAUCUCUGUCUGUGGAGACGUGUACACCUUGCGAGAAACAAGGUCGGCCCAGCAAAGAGGAAAGCUGGUGGAGAGCGAGACCAACGUGCUGCAGGACGGCUCCCUCAUCGACCUGUGCGGGGCCACGCUGCUCUGGAGGACGGCCGACGGCCUCUUCCACACGCCCACGCAGAAGCACAUCGAGGCGCUGCGGCAGGAGAUCAACGCGGCGCGGCCGCAGUGCCCCGUGGGCCUCAACACCCUGGCCUUCCCCAGCAUCAGCAGGAAGGAGGUGGUGGAGGAGAAGCAGCCCUGGGCCUACCUGAGCUGCGGCCACGUGCACGGCUACCACAACUGGGGCCACCGCAGCGACGCGGAGGCCAACGAGCGGGAGUGCCCCAUGUGCAGGACUGUGGGCCCCUACGUGCCGCUCUGGCUGGGCUGCGAGGCGGGCUUCUACGUGGACGCGGGCCCGCCCACGCACGCCUUCACCCCGUGCGGACACGUGUGCUCCGAGAAGUCGGCCAAGUACUGGGCGCAGAUCCCGCUGCCGCACGGGACACACGCCUUCCACGCCGCCUGCCCCUUCUGCGCCACGCAGCUCGGCGGGGAGCACAACUGCAUCAGGCUCAUCUUCCAGGGCCCGGUGGACUGACCGGGCCCUCGGCGACUGGGUGAACGAGUUACUGUGAAGCUUUUUUGCCACUAACUCUAGAUUUUACCUUUUUUAUGAUGCUGUUUAGUAAGGGGAGGGGGGCCUGAG